CAGACGAUGUGGGACACUUAUUGCAGGUGAACACGUUCAAUGUUGGUUUUUCUGGUAGCUCAGCCUUGAGGCCCUGUAGCAUCUAGUCGAAUUAUCUCAUCGGCAAUUCAUUGAGUGACGAUUUCAGGUCGUAAUUCCUUAUUUCCGGAUGAUUUUGACCAUUGGUCAGAGCGCAAACACUUCGUAGAUAUUAUCAUAUGGUACCUACAGCCGAAACUCUGCACUUAACCGUCUUAUCUCUCAACUUUCAAGAGAUAUUCGCGCUGCUUCGCAAGAAUUAUCCUCGCAGUGUUGAUUUAAUGCAAACGCGAAGCGACAGUAUAAAAACGACUCUAUUUAUUAGUAUGUGGAAAUUUAUUAAAGCGGGAGUAAAGUGAUUUUAUCAACUCUUUAAACUUUCACCUAGCGAAGUAGAAUGAAUCGAAAGUUGUUAUUGUUUUUGUUUGUUUCUCUCGGAUACAUUAAUGUUGAUGGGACACUGGAAAUUAAACUACCACCAGGACCUUUUAAUUUGGUGACAAGGAUUACGAACACAACCUUUGGAUUGGUCAGAGGCGGCCUUGGACUUUUCGGUAGAACUGUAGAUAGAAUAAUCAACACAUUCACUAGGGUGGAAGACCGUUUGAGGGAGCUCUUGGAGGAAUUUCGUAAACAAAUUGUUCGUGGUAUACCAGAAUUCAAUAUUCCUAUUUUGGACCCCCUACACAUUGACAAUGUUGAAUUCAAAAUCAAACACGAAUCUGGGAAUUUCGCAGGAAACGCCAGCGACGUCACCAUCAAACAUAUCUCGAAAUUCGUGUUGGACGAUGUACGAUUCUCAGACAUAGGUGCUUGGAGAUUCAAAUUGGAUCUGAACAUCACUUUGCCAUUCAUUACAGCUGAAGGAUUUUACUAUGUGGACGCACUCAUAGGAGACACAGUGACCUUGUUUGGUAAUGGAAAAUUUUGGGCCAAAAUAUAUCAGUUAGAGUUGAAAAUAACUGCACUCUUGAAACUGGAAGGAAUUCGACCAAAAGUAAAUGCUCUUGGUUUGAACGUCAAGAUGAAAAAAUUAGAGAAUAACUUCGAAGGUUUGAUGAGAAACAAAGAAACAGGUGAUUUAUAUAAUAGGGUUAUAUCACGUUUAGCCCCAGAAGCAGUAGACAUGCUUUGGCCAGACCUGAAGAAACCGAUAGAAAAACAAAUAAUGAAUUAUAUCAAUUCAGCCUUGGACAACACAUCUGUAGCCACUUUCGUCAGAAGACUUUUCAAUCUCAUUUAAUUGAAAAAACCGAUAGGAAUGUGAUAAUAGAUAAUAUGAGAAAUAAUGAUGGAGAUGAAAAAUUGAACUCAUUCAAUCGCAGUGGUAGCUAAACAAACUCAUUCAAAUAUUGAAAGUGAAACUUAAUAUUAGAAAUAUAUAUUUAUUGUCAUUCUUUUCUGUGCCACUGGAAUUAUAAAUAUGAAAUUAAUUCAUUUGACUUGUUGCUGUUUAAUCCUGGUUCUGCAGGUACAAGCGAAAAGACUCAAAAUAUGUUUACCGAAAAGUUCUAAGACUUUAAACGAAGUAGCUGGAAUAUCCUUUGAUAAAACUUUCGCUGAACUGAAGAAGGAAAUAAAUGAUGAAAUAAAUUUUCCUGGGACUUUCUCAACAGAUUUUCAAUUGGAAAAGGUUAUUAGCGCAAACGUUUCUGUUUCAAAUAUUACAAUAAGUGGUAUUACAAAUAUAACUAUAUGUUUAUUUCCAAAAUUAAAUGAACCUGUGAAUAUUACUAUGAACUCUUUAAAAAUUCAAGGAGGUAAUUACAAACUACAAGGAACAGUGUCAGACUUAUUCGAUAUAUAUGGCGGAAAUGGGUCAUUUCAAAUGGAUUUAACACAAUUUUCAAUUGCCACAACUGACUUUUUUCCAUGGCCAUGGCCUUGUGUGAAAGUCAAUCUAGGGGCGAAACUACAAAAAAUGAAGGUUCAUUUCGAAAACAUUAUGGAUGGUGAUGAUCUUUUGCAACCUACACUAAAUGCAGUAAUCGGUGAUAUAUUUCCAGAUAUAAUAGAUUAUUAUUGGCCCACUAUAUAUGACACAAUAGAGCCGUAUAUACAGAAGAUCAUAGACAAAUAUAUCAAUAAAUCUGAACUAGAGAACCUAAUAACCAUACUUUCAAGAAAUGAUGAAUCCAUUGUUAGAGAUAACAAGAAAAGCUGCUUCAAUUUAAGUGAUAUAAUUAAUGCGUGAGCAAAUCACAAUUCACAUUGUAGUUUUUUGGUAUCUAGUACCUACCUAAUGAGCUUAAUAAAAAAUUCUUUCAUUCAUUUCAUACUAUGUUCAGGUUGUUCCAUACUUUCAGGGCGAAUGCAGGACAAUUUGGAUAGUCUGAAUCAGCAUUGAAAAUUGUGAAAUGAUGAUGAAUGGUCUUCUAUACAUUUUAUUAAAAACUUUAAAUCAAUAUAACUCUCAAACGCUUUCAUUUAUAUUCUUGAACAUUUCAAGGAAUAAGUCUAGGCUAGGAAAAUCACCCAUAUUCAGUUCUUGUUGAUAUAGAUAACAUUAAAAAUAUAAUAUUUUCAGUCCAAGCGAGUAUAAGUUGUCCUGCAUUCACACUGAAUGCAUAUUCUGUUAUUUACGAAAUACUCUGUAUAUUUGGAUUACUUUUGUCCUUAUCAAAUACCAUUUUUUGCUAAUAAAUGCUCACAAAGUGAAAAAUGAAAAAUAAAUAUCAAACAUUUUUAUAUUCAUUUGUUAUUUUUCAAUUUGUGACUUAUACAUAUUUCAAUCAAUGUUUUACCAUAUGACUAUAUGGAACCUUAAAAAUCAAUCUUUGGUUUGAUAAUGGCCAAUACGCCGAAACAUGAUGAAACCGGAUGAUUUAAUAUUCAAGGUUCCAACAACAGAAGUGUUUUACAGACUUUUCCUUCAACUUCAUACUCACAUUAAUACCAAUCAAUACCGAAUCAAAACGUAUGAAUCAAUUCAUGUGUAUCCAAACUUCAGUAGGAUAUGCAGUUUGAAUAUUAUUGUUCUGCUGGAAAUGUUGAAAACUUUUCAAGGGUUCCAAAAAAAUUCUCACGCUUACAAAAUUCCUACUACAUACUUCGAUCAUUAUUUGAUCGAUUUGCUCCUUUGAUUUUAUUGCUUAGUUAUCUUACCAAGCUUUAUUAACAAAAUGAUGAACACUAUCGACAUAUCUUAUAUGAAUUAAUAAGAAAUGGGAAAUUAUGAAAAUAUCCCGCGAAUUUAAGGCCUGCAGAAGCAUAGAUUUAUGUUUCAUUGUCUGGUUAAUAGAUUUCUGUAAAAAACACCAAACUCAGAAGGUAGGUAUGCCUGCAAGCGUCGUUUGAACCCCAUUUUUUGAAGAUAUACUCUCCUAUACAGAAUGGUCUAGAUUUUAGUGCAAUAACUUUGGCGUCGGAUAGAACAACUCUUUUCAUGAAAAAAAAACCUAUAAACAUAUAUUCUAACAAGCUUCGUUUUCGAGAUGUUUUUUUUCGAGGGUGUUGAUGUUUGAAAAAAAUAUCAAUUUUUUACUUAUUAUUGUAAAAAAUUGCAUAUUCCGCUUUUAACGUCGUAUACAAGAAUAUUCAAGGAAAGUUGGUAUAUAGGUAUAUGCAUAUACCUAUUAUUCAUUCAAUUUGGUGUUCUGUACAUAUAAUAAAAUAAAAUUUGGAGUAAAUUCUGAUGCUAUUGGUAUAGAAAUAAAAUGAGUCAAUAAAUUCCCACUAAACGUUCUAAGUAUUUUUCAACAAUUAUGAAUAUCACGAGUUGUAUCCUCUCAACCUGAUCGUUGAUUGAAUUUUAAAAUCUAUUGAUUGGAAAUAUUGAUCAGGUCAAACAUAUAAUUUGGUAUUCAUGCAGUAUAACUAUUGGGGGUUAAUGGAGUUAUGAAAUUUCGUCACCAUUUUUCACUGAAUCAUAUAAAACCUUAGAUUAAAAAAAAAUAAAAAAGGAUAUCUCAAACAAACAGCGAGUUUUAAUUUCAAUGAUCAAUAAUCCAAACAACGGAAACACAGUAUAGCCUUUAUUUAUGGAUAUUAUUUUCGACCUUCCUCAUUUCAAUAUAACAAAAGUAGGUAUAUUAUUAAUAGAUACGAAACUGCCAUCGGUUUAAAUAAAACGCUUAUCAACCCCACCCGAAAAGUUACAGCCGCCCAGAUAGAGGGCUAUUCGAAAUUUAAAUUUUUAUUGGAAUACCCUUUUCAAUUAAGUUGAUUAGGUAUCUAUUCUCAGAGAUCAGAUUAGAUGAUAUUGAAACUUCUCUAUUUCAGUAUAUCAAUUCAGCCUUGGACAACACAUCUGUAGCCACUUUCAUCAGAAGAUUUUUCAAUUGCAUUUUAUUGAAAAAACCGAUAGGAAUAUGAUAAUAGAUAAUAUAAGACAUAAAGAUGGAGAUGAAAAAUAUCGAACUCAUUCAAUCGCAGUGGUAGCUAAAUAAACUCAUUCAAAUAUUGAACGUGAAACUUAAUAUUAGAAAUAUAUAUUUAUUGUCUUUCUUUUAUGUGCCACUGGAAUUAUAAAUAUGAAAUUAAUUCAUUUGACUUGUUGCUGUUUAUUCCUGGUUCUGCAGGUACAAGCGAAAAAACUCAAAAUAUGUAUACCGACAAUUCCUAAGACUUCAAACGAAGUAGCUGGAAUAUCCUUCGAUAAAACAUUCGCUGAACUGAAGGAAAUAAAUGACGAAAUAAAUUUUCCUGGGACUUUUUCAACAGAUUUUAAAUUGGAAAAUAUUAUUAGCGCAAACAUUUCUGUUUCAAAUAUUACAAUAAGUGGUAUGAAAGAUAUAACUAUAUGUUUAUCUCAAAAUGUGAAUGAACCUGUGAAUAUUACUAUGAACUCUUUAAGAAUUCAAGGAGGUAAUUACGAACUACAAGGAACAGUCUCAGACUGUCUCAAUAUAUAUGGCGGAAAUGGGUCAUUUCAAAUGGAUUUAACACAAUUUUCAAUUGCCGCAACUGACCUUCUUCCAUCAUGGCCAUUGGGUUGUGUGACAGUCAAUCUAGAGGCGAAACUACAAAAAAUGAAGGUUCAUUUCGAAAAUAUUAUGGAUGGUGAUGCUCUUUUGCAAGCUCUACUAAAUGCAGUAAUCGGUGAUAUAUUUCCAGAUAUUAUAGAUAUUUAUUGGCCCACUAUAUAUAACACAAUAGAGCCGUAUAUACAGAAGAUCAUAGACGAAUAUAUCAAUAAAUCUGAACUGGAGAACCUAAUAACCAUACUUUCAAGAAAUGAUGAAUCCAUUGUUAGAGAUAACAAGAAAAGCUGCUUCAAUUUAAGUGAUACCUAUAAUUAAUGAGUGAGCAAAUCACAAUUCACAUUGUGGUUUUUAGGUAUCUAGUACCUACCUAAUGAGCUUAAUAAAAAUUAAUUCAUUCAUUUCAUACUAUGUUCAGGUUGUUUCAUACUUUCAGGGCGAAUGCAGGACAAUUUGGAUAGUCUGAAUCAGCAUUGAAAAUUGUGAAAUGAUUAUGCAGGGUCUUUUAUACAUUUUAUC